AUGAUUCCCUCCUCUCUACUCCUCCUACUCGGUCUUGCUGCGGUCGCAGCUGGCUCUCCCAUAGCCGUGCCGCAAGACGCAAGCGAUGGGCCGCUGUACGAUACCAACUACUUUUGCGACCUUCUUGACACCGACGACCCUGAAGCAGUUGCCAACAUCUGGAAUGACGGAUACUGCGAUGGGGACGAGUGCAGGAUCGGAAGUCCGAUGACCAUGCUUGACCUGUUUACACAAGAUGGUAACGAGGCUGGCUGGCUCAAGAACCUCGCAGCUCAAUACCUGGAGAACCCUGGGGAUCUCGGCGACGCGAACUGCGGCACGAUCGGUGGCUCCUGCGAGCUGAAAGUCCCCAGUUGCGAGGUUCUGGUCGGGGAAAUGGGACUGCCAGACCUUUAUCUCAUCUUCCGUGCCGUUGAAGGCUUCCACUCGCAGUUGAACGUUGCCCAGGAAUACUUACAGAAUAACGUCAUCAACAACACGCUUCUCCUCGACCAAAUUGCGGCAGACUUUUCUAAGCCAGUGGAUCUGGCCGAACAGCGUAGGUUUGCUGAGGCCAUGACGCCACUCGCAGUCGCUAAUUCUAUGCUACUAGAGAUAAAGUCGCUACUGGGCCAAAUCUUCUUCGUCAUCGGCGGUGUUGCCGGCGCAGUAAGCGGAGGUGCUAGUUUCGUCGGGGUUGCCGCAGCAUCCGCUGUUGCACUAGCAACUUCCCAACUGGCAGCCGCGCAAGCCGAGGAGGAUGAGGACGGCAAAAAGAAAGCGGAGGCUAGGCUCGCUGGCGCGAAGUCACUGCAGGACAAAGCAGGAGCUGCUGGCCGAGGAAGCGGUGCGAUUGCGGCCGGUACAUACUGGGCUUCUAUGCUGACGGAAAGACGGUACCAAACCCACGAGCAUGGAACCGCCAAACACCCGCUGACCUUUGUCUUCUGUUUUCAGCUGCUAUCCUCGACCCAUCCGUCUUUCCGCGAGUCUAUCGAGUUUGCGUUUGGUCAGUUUAACACCAAGCUCGUGGAUCAAGCCUUGAUUACCAGCGGCCUCCACAUUAUUUCUGCGGAUGUUGUCGACACCGAAGACGAGUGUAAUGACUGGAAUAAUGAGGUUCGAGUUAGCCAGACCAAUGUGUUUUCGUCGCUAAUGGAUGAUCAGUGGUCAGGUUAUGGUGCUCGCUGGGUUGACAUGGGGGAUGGCAACACCUUUGUGAGAGCCAAAGACUGCGACCUCGCUAAGACGUCAGCUGAUAAAGGACAGUGCAUGAACCUCUUCCGCGAGUCGAGCCUCCACGCGGACGAAUGGGUAGUUGCCGAGCGCACGGUCACCGACAACAUGAUCGAGAAGUACGGCAUCGACAUUGUCGGGUACUACAAAGCUGCCUACGAGUGCUCAAAGUAUGGCAACGAGGAGCGCACCCCCGAUGAAGCCGCUGUACCGGAGGACGGUUCACUCCCGACCUGCUGGUUUGGCGUCCCUGCUGAUCGCGCCAAAAUCAAUGCGCCCUCAGGUGGGAGAGGGGGGGGCUGGAAUAGGUGGGAUCUUUAUCCCUUCGAUCAUGCAUGA